AUGAAAAUAUAUAAUAAAAUUGAUCAUUACAGUAGUUAAUUUGAUAUUAUUAUUCAUGCUAAUGAAAUUCUUAGAUUUUCAGAAAAAGACUUUAAUAAUUAAAUGAAUUAAAAGGAUAGGCUUUCAGUUAAUAUGAAUAAAAAAUGUUUAUGGAUCGAGUAAAAAAAAAUGGAUUAUGAAAAAGGAGAUGAAAAGAGCUAUUUUUAUCUCAAAAAUAAUGAAAAUUUAAUUUUAAGUUUAAAUGACUAUGCUUUAUUAUAGGUAGAUGAAGUAUUAAGUAAAUACAAAUCAAAUUAUUUCGUAAUUAAAGUAGAUAAUUUCUCUGAAUAUAAAAUUCUCUUAUUAUUUAAUAGUAAUUCAUUAAUUUCUGAUAAUUAAAUAGUAAUUAGAUUUAGGUUUUUUAGUUAAGGAUAAUAUUUUUAAUAUAUGGUACAUGGUUAGGAGGAAAUAAAAUAAAUAAAUAUAGGUAAUGCUUAGUAUGUUGAGGUUGAUACAUUUAAAGAUAUUACUUAAACCAGUAUAAUAUUUCUGUAAAAUUAAUUGAGUAAUGCUGUUAGAUACCCAAAAUUAAUAGAUCUACAUAGCACGGAUUUAAUUUUUAUUUAAAAAAUGAAAGAUAAUAAUACCAUAAUACAUUUAUAUGAUAGAAAAAGCUACUACCUAUAGUAAAAAUAACAAUUUAAUUAUCAAUAUCUAUUGGUCUCUUGUGAAAAUAUCUAACUAAAUAUAAUAUAAGUUAAAUAUUAUGAAUCGAAUCAAGAUGCUGGAUACAUCUUAUAAUAUUUAAAUUCAACAUAAACCACAUUAUAAAUUGAUUAUAUUCAUAUUUUAUAGAAUCAAAAUACAACUCCUGAAUUUGGUAAAGAUUAUGAAAUAAAUUAAGCAAACCGAGAUGAGUUUAAUAUUAAAAUAUUUAAUUAAGUCCUAGAAAAUGAUGUUUUAAACAUACUUAAAUAGUAAUUCUACUCUCAAAUUUUAAAAUUAGAAGUCUUAAUUGUAAUUUCUAAUAAUUAUUAUUUAUUUUAAAGAGAAAUUAAAUAUUAAAGAGUUUUUCCAAAUGUAAAUUUUAACUAUAAAAGUAUAUUUAUAUUCAUUAAUUUAUUUAUUUAAAAGAACUUAGUACAGCAAGUUUUGUUAAUUAAUGGGUUGAUUAAAAAAUUAGAUUUUCUCAAAGAUGAUAACACAGUUAGCUAUGAGAUUGAAUCAUCAAAUUAAAAUCUAAUUUUCGAAAGCUAUAAAUACAUGAGAUUAUACAUAAAAUAGAAUAAGAGUGAAUUUAUUUUAGCGAUAAGUAAAAUAAUAGCAAUACCAAAGAACUACUUCAUAAAAAGGCAAAUUAAUGCAUAAAUCAAAGAAUAAUAAAAUAAAAUAAUUAUUUUUUCAAUAAUUAUUUUACUUUUGCUAAUAAUUGUAACCUUAUUAGCUAUUUUAAUUAAAAAACUAAGAAAUAUUUAGAUUUGA